AUGCUUUAAUUAGAAAAAGAGAAACACCCUAUUUUGGCCUAGAUGCUGUCGAUCAUUAAAACUUAACAACUUAAUAAUAUUUCCACUCACUAAUGAACAUUCUAUCUUUUUUGUUACUUUGACUAAUUAGUAAUUACCAUUUGGUAUGGCUGAAGCUAAGUUCCUAAUGUGUGCAUUUUGCAUGAUCAUUGUUAUAGCUAAAUGCCAGCAAGAAGGUGAUGGACAUAGAUCAGAGACGGUAUCCGGUGUUGGUGUUAAUUGGGGAUUAUUAGCAACCAAUCCACUAGAUCCUAGCAUUGUGGUGAAUAUGCUUAAGGACAAUGGAAUUAAAAGGGUAAAGAUUUUUGACACAGAUCCAUGGAUUUUAGGUGCUUUUACUGGAACAGACAUUGAACUCAUGGUUGGAAUUCCUAAUGAUCAAUUGAAGAAACUAUCUCAUAGCAUGGAUUUUGCAAAAGAUUGGGUUAAACAUAAUGUCUCUAAACAUAUGCAUGAUGGAGGUGUCAAAAUUAGAUAUGUAUCUGUUGGUAAUGAGGCCUUCUUGAAGAGUUACAAUGGUUCAUAUAUAAAGACUACAUUUCCAGCAAUGCAAAAUAUUCAAACAGCUCUUGAUAAAGCUGGUUUUGGAGACAAAAUUAAAGUGACUACAGCUUUAAAUGCUGAUGUAUACGAAUCUAGUUCAGAUAAACCAUCUGGUGGAAACUUUCGUGCUGACAUUCAUGAUGUCAUGAAACAAAUUGUGCAAUUUCUUGAUGAAAGGAAGUCACCAUUUCUAGUCAACAUAUACCCUUUCCUAAGUCUAUACCAAAACGAAGAUUUUCCUCAAGAUUAUGCUUUCUUUGAUAGUUCAAGUAGAACAAUUAAUGACAACAAUCACCAAUAUACUAACGUGUUUGAAGCAAACUUUGACACACUUGUUUGGUCGUUAAAAAAAGUUGGUCACCCUGAUGUUUCAAUUAUGGUUGGUGAAAUUGGUUGGCCAACAGAUGGUGACAAACGUGCCAAUCUAAAUAAUGCAAAAAGAUUCUACAAUGGUUUCCUUAAGAAAAUGGCAAGCAAAAAAGGUUCACCACUUCGUCCUGGACCGAUGAAUGUUUAUUUAUUCUCUCUUGUUGAUGAAAAUUUGAAGAGUGUUUUACCUGGAAAUUUUGAGCGUCAUUGGGGGAUUUUUCGUUACGAUGGAAAGCCUAAAUUUUCUAUUGAUUUAUCUGGUCGUGGAGAAGAUAAAAUGCCUAUUGGAGCAAAAGGGGUUCGUUAUUUAGAAAAUAAAUGGUGUGUCCUAAGAAAAGAAGUAAAAAACAUGAGUGAGGUUUAUGGAGCAGUGAGUUAUGCUUGUGCGUUGGGUGAUUGUACGAGUUUAGGUACUGGUUGUUCUUGUUCAAAUUUGGAUGUUGCUGGUAACACUUCAUUUUCUUUUAAUCAAUUCUUUCAAAUGAAUGAACAAAGUGUUGAGGCUUGUGAUUUUAAUGGAUUGGCUACUAUUGUAACACAAGACCCAUCACAUAAAGGUUGCUCGUUCCCUAUAGAAAUCUACAGUGGUGGAACCAUGCUUAAAGGAGUAAUUCAUUUGGGAGGCCUUUUUAUUUGGUUUGUAUUGAUUUUCACAACAUUUAUAUAAUGUAUGCAUGUGGUUAAUGAGGACAUAAUUAGUGAGGAUAUAUUUGAAUAGUUUACAUGUAAAUUUAAAUUUGUCUAGUGUCGGAAAAAAUAGUUAAUAUUUGAGAUAAUAUUGAUGGUAGAUGUCAUUGUUUUCUUUAUUUAUCCCCCCUGAUUUUGGCUAUAUAUCAAAUAUGAUAUGUCUCA